GCUGCGGCGGGGGCCCAGGAGGGGUGAGGCGGGCGGGAGGCCCGGUGGUGGUGCGGGCGAGGGGCACAGAGGUGCGGCCCUGCCCUACCCUCCCCCCAGACGCGACAUGUUGCCCUGGCCUCCUCCGUGGUGGGACGCGGGUGAGGAGCAGGUACCCCAGGAAGAAGGCCCCUGGGCAGGCAGUGACCCCGACGAGGCCUGGGACUCUGGAGAGGAAGCCCUUGGGGAGCCAGGAACACCCCCACCGGACAGCCCUCAUGCCCCGUCCCGAAGACCUUCCUGGAUCCAGAGAGAGCAGCUGCUGCCCCAGGGUCUCACAGGCCUGGCUGCUGAGCAGCCCCGGGGAACCCCAGUGCCCCUUUCCCCCCAGAUGGCCUGGGACGUGGCCCCCUCAAGAAUGACCCUGCUAGCACCCUGGGACCUCCACUACGAGGCUAAAGCAGGACCUCGGCUGGUGUGGGGGCCCAGCUGUGCAUCUGGCGUUGCGUUCUCAGGCCGGACCUUGUGUCAUCCCUCAUUCUGGCCGCUGUACGAGGCAGCUUCAGGCAGGAGCCUCAGACCCCUGGCCCCUGCAACAGGACAUCAGAAUGGAGAGCAGGCGCCCGGGGAUGCAGGGUUCCAGGUGAUGUGCUGUGAAGAUGUCUUCCUUUCAGACCCUCUGCUGCCCCCUGGGCAGCGUGUUCCCGUGUACCUGUCUGAGGCCUCUCAGCAGGUGAGCGCUCUUCCUGCCCUGGCCUCAGCCCAGCCUUCACUGCCGGCCUGGGAGGAGACAUUCCCCUUCCUCUCUCCUCAGGUGAUGGGCUCUUUGAAGCUGCUGCUCCCACCCCCUAUUAUGUCCCCUUGGGUCCUCCCCACCUCAUCCCCUGGCUGCUCCACUGCCUGGCUCAGUGGGCCUGAGCUGAUCGCCCUCACUGGCCUCCUGCAGAUGAGCCAGGGGGAGCCGGGACCUAGCUCCUCCAUCUCCUCCGGGGCUCCCACGCCCCCUGGUGGCCCCCCUGACCCUGUCUCUGACCACCCAGGCCCCAGUGGUGGCCAGAGUUGUUCUCACUGCGCUGACUCAUCUCUCCCACGGACCCCAGACACUCAUUGUCCAUAGCCCCUCUGGGGCAGAGUGGGCCCCCUAUUCCCCCAGGCAGAUUCUGUUGACAAUAAAACUGUUGGUUUGCAAACAGGCUCCUCGUGGCAGGUAGCAGAGUGGUACCUGCCUGGAGGCAGGGAUGGGGUCUCUUCCUCCACCACAGCUUUGGCUGCCCUCCCCACAAAUUUUUAUUACUCAUUGGCCACCCCCUACACUGGGGUGGGGGAAUCUAUGAAUCUAAGACCUUUCCAGGCUGACCAAGCAGGGAACCUUUAAUCGUGGGGUA